AAUGUUUCUGUUUUGUUAGAGUACAAGUGGUGAAAGUGCCGCGUUUAUUAGUUUUUCCAAUCGAUCAAGAAAUACUAAAAAUGUCUAACAUUUUAGUGUCGUUGAUCUCAUUAGUAGUUGUUCUACAAGUCAAUUCAUUGGAUGUUCCUAGAUUAUAUGUUUUCCAAGACUUGAUCAAUUUUUCUUCUCAACUAAAAGAUAUAAUGAAAAAUACUAACUUCAGAGAUCCAUCUCUGACAAUAGAUAAUAAUCCAAUCUUUGAAAUAAUAGAAGCAAUCAGUCAAAUCAACGUUGAAAAUCAAAAAUUAAAUUUCAGACAUCCAUAUGAAUAUGAUGCUAUUUUAUUUCUUGACGCCAUCUACGAUUUAUUCCUAACUUUUGCUUCUGAUUUAAAUUCCUUUGAUGAUGAUACAAUUAGUGAAUUUAUAGAAAUAGUAACUGUGAAAAGUCCUGAGCAUGUUUCUGGAGGUCUGGAAAUAUUAGAUAAUGAUGAAAUUUGGGAGGAAAUCAUUGCACAAGAUAAAGAGGCUCCUGAGAACUGUGGUACUAGAAUCACACAACAAAUGAGCAUGUAUUUAAUGUAUCAACAAAUUAUGAUUGCCAAAUUGAAAAUACUGGCCGCAACCUACGGUGCUUACAACUUCCAGGCUUCUGAUCCAUCAAAUGAUUCUGCUGAUGAAUUUGAUGAUGUCGAGGAAGCAUUUGCUACGGCAUUACAAAAAAAUAUGCAACAAUUGAAAGAACUGAUGUAUAAUGCAAGUCGAGAAGUUUACAUGUGUGAUUCAGUAACCCAUGUUCCAGAUGAAGAUUAUGUGGAACUGGACGGUCUAUUUUCUGUUAUUAUAGUAAACCAAUACGAAGUCGGAAAAAAACCACAAUGUGGUUAUUCAUGUCCAGAAAUCGAGUCUUUAGCAACCGAACGUUGCAUUACUAAUCGCUAUGGAAAGAAACUAUGUCCCUCACAUCCAUGUCAAGGAACGACUUAUGAUUGUGGUUGGAUAGGGGGAGAUAUUGAUGUUUGUGAAAAGAAUGCUAGUCGAAAACGUUAUGAGUGGGUGAGAUCUUAUGGGAACGAUGUAAGAUAUGGACAAUGGUCACCAUGUAGUGAUGGAAAUUAUUAUGAAUCCAGAGGUUUAUAUCACAACUUCAAGGCUUGUUCGAUGUGCUUGUGUCAAUGUUCCGAAGAACUUCCUGCUUCCAAAGCCAUAAGAACUAUAAGUUUACGUCCUCAAGUGUCCGACAUUGAAAACAACAAAGUUGUGUCUAGUGUACGAUUUGUUUCACAAGAUAACAUGAUCCAUAUCCAGAUUGCAGAGGCUCCACUUUUACCUGCUGCUCGUAUUGAUAGUAAUCAGAGUUCAUGGGUACCACUUGAAAAUUUCAUAUACACCACUACUGAAACUACUGCAUCUUUCACUUUAAGUGAUGGUACUGCUUUGACAAAAGAUGAAGACUUUACUUUUGUCAACUUAAACCAAAGAACACUUUUUAUGGAUCAGAUAACAGCAGAAUCUGAUUAUGUUUUGACUGGAGUUAGGUUCAGUGCUGUGAAAAAUGAUAAUAACGAUUUGGUAGAAGCAAUUCAACUGGAAAUAAACAUUACACCUUUUGAUAUAUUUACUGGUCAACUAAAUCCUACAGACGAAAAACCAUCUCAGUGGAUUACAGCAGAAACACAACCCAAUCCUUCUGAAAUAUACAGCAGUGAAAGGCGGGAGGUAACUCAUGGCGGAAAAUCCUACAAGUAUGAUCCUGUUGUCAUGCAUGCAACUGAAGUUAUGCCAAAUAAAUAUGUAGUGUUCAGUGCAAGUUCAAUUUUCUCAGAUGCUGGACAAUCAACAAUCCCUUUCUUCGAUGCUCGUCCUAUCGAUAGUGACAAUUCUUUAGCAUUUAAUGGACUUGGUGUAGUUUUCAGAUAUGCUGAUGGUUAUGCAGGAAUAAUAGCUUUGGAAUUAUUUACUGUUGAUUUGAGUGCACUAUUCGAUCUUAGUAAUGAUCAAAAUUAGUUAUACAGCAAUUGAUUUAAAAUUAAAAAAAAAAAAAUCAUUAAUGAAACUAUAUUCUAUGCAUUACCUGAAUUAACAUUAAUUGAGUAAAAAUUGAUAUAUUUAAAAUGAAUUUCAAUAAUAUUCAAUGUUUGCUAUUCGAUAUCGUUCCAUCGGUGUACUCAGAUAUUCCGCAAUUCUAAUUAUUACAGUAUCAUAAAACUGUUAAAUAAAUGGUUUCUUAUCAUGUUACGGAAA